UUGGUCAUUUAGCCACUGAGCUCUGCUCUACUCUUUAUUUCUCAGCAAAUUUGGCUUGGACUACAAGAAAUUUAUCACAUUGCAAGAACCAGCAGCAGUUUCAACUUUACAAGGAUCUUUGUACAGAAAAAUGGGUCAAGCACUUGGUUGUGUUCAAGUGAAGCAGUCAAAAGUUGCUGUCAGGGAACAAUUUGGGAAGUUUGAUGGUGUGCUUGAACCAGGAUGCCAUUGCAUGCCCUGGUGUUUCGGAUACAAGGUAGCCGGUGUGCUCUCACUGCGCAUGCGACAACUUAAAGUUCAAUGCGAAACCAAGACCAAGGAUAAUAUGUUUCUGAAUGUGGUUGCAUCGAUUCACUAUCGCCCCUUGCCAGACAAGAUACCGGAUGCUUUCUACAAGCUCUUGAAUGCUGACUCGCAGAUUCUGGCUUAUGUGUUUGAUGUUAUUAGGGAAACUGUGCCAAAAUUGGAGCUUGAUACCGUCUUUGAGCAGAAAAGUGACAUAGCAAAAGCUGUUCAAAAGGAACUUGCAAAGGUUAUGUAUGAGUACGGUUUUGAAAUAGUCGAGACCCUGAUUGUGGACAUUGUACCACAUGUUGUAGUGAUAAAAGCGAUGAAUGAGAUCAGUGCAGCUAAAAGGAAGAGGCUGGUGGCGAAAGAGAAGGCGGAAGAAGAGAAAAUGCUGAAGAUCAAGCAAGCGGAAGGAGAGGCCGAGUCCAAGUACUUCGUAGGACUUGGCAUAGCGCGCCAGGGCCAGGCCAUUGUUGACGGGCUGAGGGACACCUCCAUUUUGGUGAGAGACAGUGUGCUUGUCUUCUCCGAAAAUGUUCCCGGAUCAACGGCGAAGGAUGUCAUGAACAUAGUUUUGGUGACUCAAUACUUCGACACCAUGAAGGAGAUUGGAGCAUCCUCAAAGUCAGCAUCUGUUUUCAUCCCGCACGGGCCAGGUGCGAUCAAGGAUGUUGCUUCGCAGAUUCGAGAGGGUCUCCCUCAAGCUGAUUAUGCUAAGGCAUAG